UCAGGCUGUGAUCCGUUUCCGGGGUUUCCGGUGAGCUCAGCUGAGGCCGGUCCGGGUUUUGGGUCUCUCCCCUCGGAGGUGACCCGGUGUGGAGGCUCGGAAGUCUCCGUGUUGGUGUCUGUGAGUUUGUUCCGCGGGAUGAGCGGCAGGCUGUGUCGGAGGCUCCUGCGGCUCGGCCUCCCUGCGAGCUCCGCGGGCGGCUGGAGCCGGCUCUCCGGGGCCGGUCUCAACGGGACCGGGCCACCGGGGGCCGGGCGCUCCGGGCUGUCGGGCGGAGGCCGCAUGAACGUGUUCAGCAGGGAGAUGAAGCAGAGGCAGAAGGACUGGGCCGCCCAGCUGCAGGACAGCCAGCAGUACGACUACCUGAGGCAGGAGGUCGGGAGUCGAGUGGCCGAUCGGGUUUACGACAUCGCACGGACGUUUCCUCUGGCGCUGGACAUCGGCGGAGGAAGAAGUCACAUCGCAGAGCAUUUAAGCAAAGAGGUGGUGGAGCGUUUCUGCCUGACAGACGUUUCCCAGCAGUCUCUGAGACGGAGGAGGCCGAGCGAGAUCCCGACUCACUGCGUCCUGGCUGACGAGGAGUUUCUGCCGUUCAAAGAAAACACCUUCGACCUGGUAGUGAGCAGCUUGGCUCUGCACUGGAUCAACGACCUGCCCGGAGCUCUCAGACAGAUUCACCAGGUGCUGAAGCCGGACGGGGUGUUCAUCGGAGCGAUGGUGGGCGGCGAGACGCUCUACGAGCUGCGCUGUUCCCUGCAGCUGGCCGAGACGGAGCGGGAGGGCGGGUUCUCGCCCCACAUCUCCCCCUACACCGCCGUCACCGACCUGGGAAACCUGCUGGGCCAAGCUGGCUUCAACAUGCUCACUGUGGACAUCGAUGACAUUCAGGUUCAUUAUCCAGGAAUCAUGGAAGUCAUGACGGAUUUACAAGGUAUGGGUGAGAGCAACUGUGCGUGGAACAGGAAGUCGCUGCUGCACAGAGACACCAUCUUAGCAGCAGCAGCGAUUUACAAAGAGAUGUACGGCAGUGAGGACGGCUCCAUCCCCGCCACCUUUGAGAUCCUCUACAUGAUUGGCUGGAAGCCUCACGAGUCUCAGGCCAAACCGGCGAAGCGAGGCUCGGCCACCGCGUCGUUUGGAGAUUUAUCAAAGACCGGCUGACCGAGCGGCACGGACCAACCGUAGAGCCUCGGAGCCGACUGUAGACGCCAUAUUUAAUGAAAAUAAAAUGUUUUAGAGGCAAGAAACGUGAACUCUGAUGUACAGAAGACAAAUAUGAUGUUGAAAGAGUUUGUCUUUGACAGGAAGUUGUCUUUUAGAAAUCUAAAAAUAAAAGCUGACACAUCUGUUCACGUGGCUGAAA